UCUUAUUUGUUUCGUUGGGGACGUUUUUCAUUUUGGUUUCUCGUAACUCCUUGACGAUGUCAUAUCAUAUUCAUAAGGAAAAUCGUAUUUGUUUGUAUUUAAAUCACAAUAAAUUGAUACAAAAUCAAUACAAUGAGGUUCUGGAAGAUAAGGAAUCCUAUAAAUUAAAAUCGGAGCUCUUUAAUUUCAAAGCCAAGGUAGUAGAAGAAAAAGAAGAACCCCCCAGAAACAAAAGAAAACGUAAAGCGGAAACGGAAAAUGAGGAAUGUGAAGAAUUGAAGAAAUCAUUGCAACCAUUUCUAACCGAAAUUCAAAAUUUAAUACGCCAAGAGUACAGAAAUGACAUGGAAAAUAUAUCACGUGCUUGGGAGGAGAAAAUUGAGUUUCCUAAAUUCCAUGGUGCCAACAAUACAUGUGAUUUUCAAACAACCACAUUUGGCCCACAGUCUUUUUUGAUACCACCAAAUUGUAAAUUUUACAAUCACAAUGUCACCGAAUUACCACAACUUUUGCCAGAAUUGGAAAAAUAUGAUCUAAUAAUUAUGGAUAUGCCAUGGCAAAAUAAAUACAUUAAACGUCUGAAGAAAGUUAAUGGAUCGCUGGCCUAUCACAUGCUCGAUAAUGAGAGUUUGAAGAAUAUACCAAUUCCAGAAAUGAUGCACAUGCAUUCUUUGCUAGCACUAUGGUGUACAAAUGCUUCACAACAUUUGAAUGCAGUACGAACCGAAUUUUUGGACAAAUGGAAUUUGAAGAUUGUGCACACACUGAAAUGGUUUAAAUUUAAUACCGCUGGUGAUUUGAUAAGUCCAAUAAAAUCGUUGGGCUACAAACAACCAUAUGAAACGUUAUUCAUAUUAUGCCAUAGAGAUAGAAAUGUAAAGGAGUUGGAUGGCAUAAGGAGUGUUGAGUUUAUGGCAAGUGUGCCGAGUAUAAUACAUUCACAUAAACCCCCCUUGGUGGCCUGGCUACGAGAGUUUCUAGAGGAUCCUGUUAAUUUUAAAGGUCUUGAGAUUUUUGCACGUUAUCUACAGCCGCAAUUUACUUCGAUUGGCUUGGAAGUCCUUAAAUUAAUGGAUAAGCGAUUGUACAAUACAACAAGAAGUUGAUGUUAGUAAUCCAUAUUUGAUUUGAAUUAUUUGUAAUUUGCCUAGUUUGAUAUUUUGAUGACAAUGCAUUUAUAGUUUUAAAACAGAAUAAAAUGUUACAAUUUGACCGUCAAUAUUAAAUUUUAUUUGAAACCAAGAAUCCUUUAUUGGCUACUAUUAAAAAUCAAAUUCUAUAUUUUUCGAGAAAUUCAAGAUUCAUAAUUAAAACAUGAAGGUAA